AUGAAUAGUUACAGGAUGAACGAUAUCGAGAAAGGUUCCGUUUACCCCGAUAAGGACCAAUCUAUAACCCCAGAUUACAGUAGCGGACGCGGGGAACUAAGUUACGAGGAAAUAACGCACAUACAACAUGGCUUGGGACGUCGCUUUGUGGAUAGCUUCAGACGAGACCCAAACCUCACCAUGACCCCGCCUGGUGUUGUUGGCGCAAAUGGGAGAGUCUUCCAUGCCGAAAUAGCGGCGGCAGCAACGGCUACUUCUCCCCUCGCACGAAAAUUGAAAGGAAGACAUUUGCAGAUGAUUGCGAUUGGAGGUUCGAUAGGCACCGGACUUUUUGUUGCAUCUGGAAAAUCUCUCGCAACUGGCGGGCCUGCAUCUCUUAUCAUAUGCUUUACACUUAUGGGACUCAUGCUCUACUGUACGGUGCAUGCUUUGGGUGAAAUGGCUGUUCUCUUUCCUGUUUCGGGGUCGUUUUCAGCCUACUCGACUCGAUUUUUGGAUCCAGCUUGGGGCUUUGCCAUGGGUUGGAAUUACGCCAUGCAAUGGCUUGUCGUUCUCCCAUUGGAAAUCAUUGCAGCUUCUAUCUCAAUCGACUUUUGGGACACAACACAGCGAUACAACCAUGCUAUAUUUGUCACGGUGUUUCUCUUCACGAUAAUCAGCAUUAACAUGUUUGGGGUGAGAGCAUACGGAGAUGCGGAGAUUUUUUUUGCUUUCGUUAAAGUUGUAGCUAUUAUUGGAUACAUGUACGUUGAUUUUCCAUUCUUAUGUCAACUGAUUGGAUCAUCCCAUCUUUCCGAAAGUUUCAAAGAGCUGGGAUAUCGUCAAAGCUACGAACCUCGGACUAGACUUCUAGCCAUAAUACUCAACUGUGGUGGUAGCCUCGAAGAAGGUUAUGUGGCUGGUCAAUUGUGGCAUGAUCCAGGCGCUUUCAACAAUGGCUUCAAAGGCUUGUGUAGCGUUUUUGUGACUGCAGCCGUCGCUUUCGCCGGUACUGAGUUGGUGGGACUCGCAGCUGCAGAAACCCAGAAUCCUAGGAAGUCGUUGCCCACGGCCGUGAAACAAGUAUUCUGGCGGAUCACACUUUUUUAUAUCGUCUCGCUUACCCUCGUUGGACUUCUCGUCCCUUAUACCGAUGUCAGGCUGCUCGCUACCGGGAGUGCAAAUGCGGCUGCAAGUCCAUUCGUUAUUUCCAUUCAAAACGCUGGGAUAACGGUGCUUCCUUCUGUUAUGAACGCGGUCAUCCUGGUCGCUGUAUUAUCUGUGGGUAACUCCUCAAUAUUCGGAUCUUCUAGGACUCUCGCAGCAUUGGCAGACCAGGGACAAGCUCCUAAAAUUCUAGCUUAUGUCGAUCGAAAAGGUCGUCCUAUUGUGUCUAUUGGCGUAUCGUCGGCGCUUGGUUUUCUUGCUUAUGCAGCAGAUUCCGGUGCUCAGGGAACUGUCCUAGAUUGGAUGCUGGCAUUGUCUGGGCUCUCCUCGAUUUUUACCUGGGGGUCUAUCUGCCUCGCCCAUAUCCGCUUUCGACGGGCUUGGAGACUCCAAGGUCAUAGCCUAGACGAAUUAGCUUUUCGUUCUCAGCCAGGCGUCAUCGGCUCCUGGAUUGGGUUUAUGUUCAAUGUUCUUAUUCUUGUCGCACAAUUCUGGACUGGAGCAUGGCCUAUAAACUAUGAGCAAAUGACAGCAAUUGAACAAUGUCGAAGCUUCUUUAUAGCCUAUUUAGCCGCACCCAUCGUCAUUGUGUUCUAUGUGGGAUAUAAGCUUUGGUAUAGAACUUCGGUGAUGAGAUGCAUGGAUAUGGAUCUGAAGACCGGAAUGCGUGGUCUAGACUUGCCAGCGCUGAUAGCAGAAGGGCGAGCAGAAAAAGCCGCAUGGCCAAGGUGGAAAAGAAUUUACAAGACAGUCUGUUAG